UAUUUUUUCUCUGAUUUUAGCAAGAAGGUCUUCCUCCAGUUCAGGUUUGGGACCCUCGUUCUCGAUUGGCAAUGCUAUGGGCCAAACCCGAGGUUGCUGACUUGCCAGUUCCAAAAUUCAAGAUUGAUAAUAACUAUGUAGGUGUCCCACCACCCGUGGAAGUCACCAUAACAAACUUAAAUGACAAUAUAAACAAAAACUUUUUGGAUGAUCUGUUGAAGAAAUGUGGUAGUGUGGAGGAAUCGUACGUUUAUUAUCACCCUGCGACCCAGAAACACCUCGGGCUUGCUAGAGUAACAUUUACUUCAGUGAAAGCAGCAAGAAAUUGUGUUGAAAGGUUGAACAAAUCUUCGGUGAUGGGAAACAUCUUGGGAGUGUUUUUUGAUCCUUUCUCCAAAGAAUGUCUUCGUAUGUAUCAAGAACUGAUAUCGGGUUGUCCAAGAACAAUCUUUCAAAUAGAACCGGAGAAAAGAAGACAACCUCCAAGUUUCGACCCUAGAUGUAGGAACAAUGAACAACGCUCAUCUAGCGAACAUGGUUUGCAAGGAAGAGGUGGACGUACAAAAACUCUGGCAACUUUUUCUGGAAUGGGUGGGGAUCACCUAACCCCUCAUUCGUCAGAACGUAGCUACGGAUCUGAGAGUGGAUUUUACAGUGGGGGGACAUCGGAUAGAUGUUACUCUGUUCAGUCAGACUGUAGUGGUUAUCCAUCGGAACACUCCACUCCUCUGAGUUCCGAGAGUGGACACAUGUUACAACAUGGUAAUCUCGUGGCUCCUCCCCCUGCCUCUUCAUUUAUUCCUCAUGGAAUAAGACAACUUGUGCCACCGCAGUGGGAAGUCAACCCUACCCACAUGCUGAAGCCUUCAUCUUGGGGGAGAAACACUUUUGGUCAUCCUGGUGCUGAAUGGGGUAUUUCUUCACUACAUUUUCAAACCAGAAAAAAUAGUCAAGUGACCCCACCAAACACUCCCCAAGCAUUACCGCCCAAACAAAGUCCUGCACGAGAGAGUCUAGACUCUCGAAUUGAACUUCUGUUGAAGCAAACUGAAGGGAAGACACCUGGAUUCUUAGCGUUAGGUGGACUAGGUAGCCCACCUUUGGAAUCUGAACAGAAAGAUUUAUCUACUUCUAAAACUAUUAGUUCCCAAUUGAUGGAGAAAAAAACAUCGUUACCCAUUUCUCUUUGUAAUGAAAAGCCCCCUUUACCCAGUUCUGUCAGUAAUGAUGCACCAGUGCCUCCCGAUUAUUCUCCUCUUCCUCCACUUCCUGAAAAUGAUGAAAAGCCGCCUCCUCCACCUGAUGAUGAUGAUAAUUUUGAAGUUCUUUCAACACCCCCAUCCCCUUUCCUUUCAUCGGCACUGUAUUAUAAAUGGGCCCAAAUUACCAAGGACAUUGAAAGUGAUAAGAGUACCUCUUAUUUUGUAGGAGAUACCAGUUUCUUGCCAGAAAGUGUCAUCCUUGAGCCUUCGAGUGCACUCAGAAAUCUGACAUUAUCUAAUGUUGAUCCCUUUAUGAAAGACCCCAGAACUUGUGCAUACAACCAGGACAGUAAAGCUUCAGAUGAGCAAGAAACUAAUGGAGGAAUAGGGGAAGACCUAGAUUCUACACCCGUGAGAGAUGAAAGGCCUGAACCACCAUCUCCAUCAGAUAACGAUAAUCAAGAUAAUAAGGUGGAGGAAGAGGAGGAUGAUGAUGACAGAAUGUCUUUGUCAUCCCUUAGUAGUGGGGGAGAAAAGUUGGAAGUAAACCCUCACCUUCCUCCUGACAAUGCACCAUCAAACUCUGGCAUGGGUUUCCCACAAGCACCAGUUGGAGCUGGUCCUUUUGCCAUGUACAAUGGAAGCCAAAUGCCAGCAACCUCUGCUUUGCCUCACCCCUGUAUGCCUCGAGGACCUCCACCUGAAUCAUAUCCCAAUCAUCCUAUGUACCCUAGUGAACAUGUACAGAUGAUGGCCCGUAUGGGGAUCUGGAGGCCUGGCAUGGGUUCAGGGAUGUAUGGGUCUAAUCACAGGCCAAACUUUCCCAGACCACCACAUUAUGGGGAGCCAGAAGCUGGGCUGGGACCAGGUCAGCCUGGUUAUAUUGUAAGAAACUCGUACCCUGGCCCAAGACCCAACAUAAGGCCUCAAAUGAUGCCAAAUGCCAUGCCACCGUAUCCCCCAAAUGUACCCCCACACCAUUUCCCAGGUAAUAGAUGUUACAGACCUCCAAUGCAAGGAAAUUAUGCAGGUCAUAUGCCUCCUUAUCCACCCCCUGCACCUUUUCAACAUCAGCUUCCUCCACGUCCUUGUCCUCCUGAAGACCCUAAUGCUCCUACGGUCCAGGGAGUGCUUGAAGCUGUGGUCCAAGAGCUGAAGCAGAUAAUGAAGAAGGACCUGUGUAAAAAGACUGUGGAAAGUUCAGGCUUUAAAAGUUUCGAACAGUGGUGGGACGAACACGAGACAAAGUCAAAGUCCACAAAGCUCGAAGGAAAUGGUAUUAGCUUGAAUCUUGAGAAGACUGAUGUAGAAGAAAAACCUAAACCAGAAAUAUCCACCUGGUCAACAUUGUUUGAUUCUUCUGGGAAUGAAAGUGGUUUUGGUUUUGGGCUAGACAGUAUGGGCUUAGGCCGAAGUCUACGGGCUGCAAUACCGAAGAUGCCUUCUUUCAAGAGGAAACGAAAACUUCCGUCACCUCCGCCGUUAGAUGAUGAAGACAGCAAAAAGCCGGAUGAAUCAGAUGGAGAACAGGAGCAAAAGCUUUCUGAUUCGGAGAGUGAUGUUACUAGCAGAAGGAAAGAGCCGUGUUUCUUCCCUUCAACAGAGGAAGAACAAAGUACUCAAGAGAGUGAGAGUGAAAAGGCUGACUCUGAAUCAGAGUCAGAAGAAAGCUCUGCCGAGGAAGAAAGUAGCUCAGUUGCCUCAGAUUCAGACUCGGAGUAUGAAGAACAGUCUGAAUCAGAAUCUGAGCAAGAUGAAGAAAAAUUCACAGAUACAGAAAUGUCUCAGUCAGAGGUUGAUGCAACUGAUGAUGAGAUAAGCAAAAUCAAAAAAGCUCUACAUGUGUCUGAAGAGGGUAGAGAACCAUCUGUGGUACAAGACAAUAGACAAGAGGCAAUUUCUCAAGUGGAAGUGGAAGAAACAAGUGAACAGGAAGAUGAAAAAGAGGAGUUAAAAGAAAAUGAAACUCGAGAAGAAAAGGAGAAAGAAAUUAAAGAAAAACAGGCUGAUAAAAUCAGUGAGAAGGUAACUGAGAUUUUGCCAAAGCCAACUGUAGAGUCAUCUUCAUCAUCAUCAUCUUCAGAAUCAGAAUUAUCAGAUGAAGAAGAAAUAUUUGACACAUCUAGUACUACUGAUGUCACUGAUAAAGAAGUGCCAAAACAUAGUUUUAGAGCAUUGCCUAAACCAGAAGCUGAGAAUAAUAAGAAAGUUUUGCAAGUAGAAAACAAAAGUUUGGAAAUAUCAGAGAAAGAUAUUUCAUCCUCUCCCGAAAGAGUUCCUUCUCCAUACAAGGCCAGCACUCGAGAGGUUGAAGCUUCGGAAGCUCUUGUAGCCUUAGCAACAGGGUUCACCGAAUUCUCUUCUCCAGAAAGAUCCACUAGUGAUUCUGUUUCAGGGUUGUCCUCCGAGAAGAAGUUAGAACCUAUUUCAAGAACCUCUCAGAAUGAUUCCUCCUUGGUAGAAGAAUUAGAACCUGCUGUUGUGUUAAAUGGAGUUGUACAUCAUAAGGAAAUAGCUAAGGAUAAAGAUGUUUUGAGUUCAGAAAAGGCCAAGGAUUUCUCAUCUGAAGCAGACAUCAAACUAGUCAAAGAUGAGUCUCCCGAGGAGGACGGAAUCUCCACCCACCUCAUAUAUGAACACAGUUACUGUAUGCCCCAGUUGGAUUUGCAAGCUUCAAGGACCACCUCCACACUUGAAUCUGUCAUUGACUCAGUUGCUCGGGGCUUCACUGCACCUCAUCCCAUUCAAGAUCACGAGUACACCCGGGUGCGGACUCCAUCCCCACCACCGGUGUCCAAGGUUAGAUCUAAACAGAAGCAGAAGGAAAAGUCUCUGAAACCUAAACAGUUGAAGAUGCUACCACCAGAUAUUGUAGACUCUACAGAAGAUGAAUUGAAGAGUUUCCUCAGCAAGAGGGACCUGGUGGAGGAAAUGAACAUCCUCUACGAGUUCUUGAAAACGGGCAUUGAUGCCGAAGAUGUGCAAUACUUGAAGCGAAGUUACGAUGCAUUACUUCAGGAUGACAUACAGGGAUACUGGCUUAGUGACACUCACUGGGUGGAUCAUCCUCCAACUAAUAUUCCUUCCCCCCCGAAAAAGAAACGUGAAGAGGGAACAAGGGUACAUGCAACAGGAUGUGCCCGUACAGAGGGUUACUACAAGAUGGACCAGAAAGAAAAGGCUGUACAAAAGAGAUGUCUUGAUCUUAUGAAUCCUGCAAUAGACAUGGAAACUCAGGACCCCUUCAGCAAAGCUCGGGUGGCAGCUCAAUCCACUAGGGAGGCAAGAUCGAAUCAGAGACGACUUCUGACUUCACUUGGUGAAGUUGACGUCACUAAGAGUGAUCUCCUGAAGUUCAACCAGCUCAAGUUCCGUAAGAAGCAGUUGAAGUUUGCCAGAAGUAGGAUCCACGAUUGGGGAUUGUUUGCUUUAGAACCUAUUGCAGCAGACGAAAUGGUGAUAGAAUACGUCGGCCAAAUGGUCCGUAAAGAGGUGGCAGAGAUUCGAGAAAAGAAGUACACUGAACUUGGCAUUGGUAGCUCCUACCUGUUCAGGGUAGACCAGGAGAUCAUUGAUGCUACCAAGUGUGGAAACCUAGCUAGGUUUAUUAACCACAGUUGUAAGCCAAACUGUUAUGCCAAGAUUAUCACAGUGGAAGGACAGAAAAAAAUUGUGAUCUACUCAAAACAACCCAUCAACGUCAAUGAAGAAAUAACAUAUGACUACAAGUUCCCCAUUGAGGAAGAAAAGAUUCCAUGUGACUGUGGUGCCCCCCAGCGUAGAGGUUACCUCAACUAAAGAUACCAUAUCACUAAUCCAGACCAUUUCAUCUCUAGUUAAACUGUCGUCCGUCUUUAACAUUUUGAUGCUUUGAAUGUUAUUUUGUUUGAAAAAAAAAAAAUACUUGUAAACUUUUUUUUUUUUUUUCCCUUCUGCUGUACAUUUGUAGUUAAUGUUACAAUCUCAUCUAUUUGAAUGUUGGUGUUUUUCUAUUAAGAAAUGGAAGAAAAGUAGAUGUUUGGUAAAAUUCUUUUAAAAUUGAAUUUUAUCGCAAGUAUGCAGUAUAAGAUUGUAGUAGAUAAAAAAAAAACAUUUUAGCAAAAUUAUGAUAAUGCAAAUGAUAUUUGAUGCAGAACAAAAAAGAGAAAAAUGAGCAUUGUGUAUAAACUGUAAAUAUUUUCAUUAACUGGUUGUUGUUGUUUUGUUUUUUUUUUGAAAUAUUCACCGAAUCAAAUUAGUUGUCCAUUCAUUUGCUAACUUUGUAAGUAUUUUCCUAUAGUAUUGCAAGAAUGGUUUAAUGAGUUUUUAUUUGAAAACUUCUGGCAUUGUAAGAACCAUCGUGACACAAAAACCUUAAGCACUAAAAGGACUUUUGCAAAAAAAAACAAAAAACAUUCAGGUUGUGAUAACUGGAACCUUUUAGCAGUUUUUUGUUUUGUGUAUAACUUUUCAUAGAAAAAUCACUUUAAUAUAAGUGAGUUUAUCGCCUAGGGUAUAGCAAUGUUGCUGUUAAUAUAAUCAAUAUCAUCUGAUCCAUGUGUACAUAAAUCAUGCUGAUGUUCAGUGUCGGGUUUUACUACUGUUGUGAGCAUAAUCUUUGUAACCAUUUUGUGUCUCUUAAACGAAGCCAUUAAAACAACUUGGAUAGAUUCAUAAACCAGGAAA